UAACACAAGCUCUGCAGAGAAACCAUGCAGGUUUAUUAUUAUACGACUUCUGUGGUUUAAUAUCAGAACUUCAGGGUAAAGUUAAUCAAUCUAAACCUGUUCACACUUCACCUCUCCUCCACACGGACUGAACUCUGACCAAGGAGAGACUUCCACCAAACCACGAGUAGUAUUUUAUUAUCAAGAAAGCAAUGGAGGCACAGUGUGUAGGAGAGAGCGACGGACUCACAUUCUGGCUGGCCAAACCACAGGACUAUGAUGAGGUGAUGGCAAUAUCACAUGGCAUUUAUGCAGGCAAUGACUACCUGCCUCAUCGAUACCACAUCUGGAUGACAGAGAAGGACAGAGUCACCAUUAUUGCCAGAAGAGAUGGAAAGUUGAUUGCACUGGAGUCUGGACAGGUGGUGGAUGGAGGCAAGACAGUGGUGGUAGAGGGGCUAAGGGUGUGUCCCAGUGAAAGGGGGCGUGGUGUGGCUGGUCUGAUCCAGAGAAUCACUGACGUCUAUAUUAAACAGGUUUACCCAAGUGUAAACAUCAAACGACUGACAAGACGUGAUAAUCCAACACCUGAACAACUCUCCAAGUUUAAUAUUCUCGCUCGACGGGCUGUCCUGUCUUUAAUUGGAGAAGCCAAGAGCUUUAAUAGCUUUGUCUUAGAUCUGAAAGCCAAACUGGAUAGUAUAGAGAAGACCACUACUGGUCUUCAAUCCACUACUACUAACAACCAACUGACUGUUCUGAAGGAUGAUCAGCAGCUCAACGCAAUACUCCUGGAUCCUGACCUUUCCACAAGACUUCAGCUUCCAGGAGCUGCCAUCAUCCAGGACUGGCUGCCUCUAAAAGCAGUGGAAAGCAACUUGGAAAUCUUAAAAAGCACUAAUCUUACAUGGUUAGCUGACACUUCUAAUGACAAACCGAGAUUCGUGAGCUUCUAUACACCUCCAUAUCCUAUUCCUUUCAAUGGAGGUUCCUUGAGGUUAAACAUUGACAUGUAUGGGGAGGACCUUCCUCUUGCAAGAAAGGCACUGAUAACCCAUUUAAAGCAGGUAACAGGGGAGAUUCAUGGCACUGUGCUGGUUCAUAUCUACAUGAAUCAAACUCUGUGGACAGGCAUGCAAAGGUUUUGUGAGGGAGAUGAGGGAGUGAAGCAAUUCCAGGAUUACUGGGAGCAGCUGUUUCUGGAAAGAGAGUUGUCAUGAUUGGUAGGAGUGGACUAAAAUAGAAUCUGCUAUGAUGUUAGGCUGUCUCAUGAAAAGCACUUUACAUUAUUGGUAAAUCAUAGGUGAUAUAACGCAGAGCAUUAAAUAGCAAUAUUUUUAGUAAUUCCAGUUUGUUUUGUCAGUUAUAGAUAGUACAUAGCAAUUUUUAUGCCAACAUCUAUUAACACUGUAAUUGCAUCUUCUUAUUAAAUGAAACACAUCUUUAUGUAAUAAAGCUAUAGCUUUGUAUUGUAUGUAUCUACCAAUAUUAAUAACAGACAUUUUUUACGAAUAAAAUCACAAAUGAUCCUCUUACUUGGAUUUGCUGCUGAAAUGUUCCAUGUGCCACUUUUAAUAAAACAGUUGAAUUCCAGGAAUUCAGGCACCCCAUUCAAAUGGAAUUCAGGAAAUAGUAGUCAUGUCUUGUCUAAUAUAAAAGUCUAGUUCUUUCUUACGUACUUUUUGAAUAAAACCCCUUUUUGUAUCACUAUCCCUCUAAUGCACAACAUGGGUCAAAAAUAACCUGCG